UCUAGAUGUUCUUCCUCGGGCCAUCGGAAAGGUUUUAUAUCUGGCUUCGUAGAGAACAUCAAGCAGGAGCUGGCCAAAAACAAGGAGAUGAAGGAGAGCAUCAAGAAAUUCCGAGACGAAGCGAAGAAACUGGAGGAGUCGGACGCCCUCCAGGAAGCAAGGCGGAAAUACAAAACCAUCGAGUCCGAAACCGUCAAGACCUCGGAAGUGCUUAAAAAGAAAUUAGGAGAAAUCAGUGGCACCGUCAAGGAGAGCAUAGAUGAAGUCAGCAAGAGCGAGAUUGGCCGGAAGAUCAAGGAAGGCAUGGAGGAAGCAGCCAAAACAGCGAAGCAGUCUGCAGAAACAGUCUCCAAGGGAGGAGAAAAGCUGGGCCGGACUGCAGCAUUCAAGGCCAUUUCUCAGGGCAUGGAGAGCGUCCGGAAGGAGAUUGACGAGAGCGUGCUGGGUCAGACGGGCCCUUACAGGCGUCCGGAGAGACUCCGGAAAAGGACAGAAUCUGCCAGUGAGAGGCUGAAAGAGGAGCGGAUAUUCGAAGCUAACGAGCAAGCGAUGGGCAUGGUGCUCCACAAAGACUCCAAGUGGUACCAGCAGUGGAAGGAGUUCAAGGACAACAACGUGGUUUUCAACCGUUUCUUUGAAAUGAAGAUGAAAUACGACGAGAGUGACAAUGCCCUCAUCCGUGCCUCACGCGUCAUGACGGACAAAGUGACCGACUUCAUAGGCGGGCUGUUCUCCAAGACCGAGAUGUCCGAGGUCCUUACCGAGAUCCUGCGCGUUGACCCCAACUUCGACAAGGACCAGUUCCUCAAGCAGUGUCAGGCCGACAUCAUCCCCAACGUUCUCGAGGCUAUGAUUUCCGGAGAUCUGGACAUCCUGAAGGACUGGUGCUACGAAGCGACCUACAGUCACCUGGCCCAUCCCAUCCAGCAGGCCAGAGCGAUGGGGCUCCAGUUCCACUCCAAAAUCCUAGAUGUGGACAAUGUGGAC